AUGGCUGUCUCACAACAGCUAAUUCACGAAGCUGCAGAAAAAGGAUACAAUAUUGAACUGGCUUGGAUCUCAGGACACUCAAACAUUAGAGGAAAUGAAACGGCAGACACUCUAGCUAACUUAGGAAGACAACUUGGAAUCCCACAAGAUACGAAACUUACUAUAGCCGAUAUACUAAGGCCAAAACAAAAAUAA